GUCCCAGGGCAGGUCUGAGUUCACCAGCGCUUCUGCAGUUUCAGCGCCACCCCUGCCUGAUGCAGCCCCUCUGUCUGGCACCCCUGUCGCAGCUACAUCGCGCUCAUCGCCAUGGCCAUCCAGCAGAGCCCCGCUGGCCGCGUGACCCUGUCCGGCAUCUACGACUUCAUCAUGCGCAAGUUCCCCUAUUACCGCUCCAACCAGCGCGCCUGGCAGAACUCCAUCCGCCACAACCUGUCGCUCAACAGCUGCUUCGUCAAGGUGCCACGGACUGAGGGCCGCGACAAGGGCAAAGGCAAUUACUGGACGUUCGCGGGCGGCUGCGAGUCCCUCCUGGACCUUUUCGAGAACGGCAACUUCCGCCGGCGACGCAGGCGACGCGGCCCCAAGCGCGAGGGGCCCCCAGGUCCCCUCGAGCCGGCAGCGCGCAGGUCCCCUGGCCCCGACGGUGCUCGAGCCUCAGAUCCCGAGGCCCAGGCCAGCCCUGCCACACACAGAGACAUCAAAUUCAGCAUUGACUAUAUCCUAUCUUCCCCGGACCCCUUCCCAGCUCUCAGGUCGCCCUGUCAAUCGCAGGAAGCCAGGUACCCAGCGCUGGAGCCUCAACAAAUGAGCUUCCACUUUUGGGCAGCAUGAGGUGCUGCAGUGGCUGCUGCGGUCAGUUGAGGACGUGGGGCCUGAUCAUUCCCUGAAGGCAGGACUUGAACCAGGCAUCUUGAAUCAAGAACCCUGGCCGU